CCCGCAAUGGUGCCGGGUCCCUGCAUGCCCAACCCCCAGGCCCGGCCCCCUGCACACGGAAGGCGCCCUCCUCCCCUGGCCGUGGUGGCCGCGGGUGGUGACCUUUCACUGCUCUCCAGCGGCCUCUGCUCGCUCUGGGGGGUUUUCUGGGUGGGGGAGUGGGAGUUGACAGGGCCUGGUGAUGGGUGCUUCUCCCCACCACGCGGAGUCUGUGCAAGUGACGCCCGCCCCUGCUGCGGGGUGAACCGGGGCUGUGGCCCCACGGCAGGCCAAUUGCUUGAGGCACUCGACAGUCCUUUCCUAAGGGCCGCAGCCCACACACGUUGGUACCCUCUAUACCAGCUGGGUAACCCCCAGCUCCGCGUCUUCCGAACAAACUUCUUCAUUCGGCUGGUGCGGCCCGGCACGGCCCAGCCCGAGGACACCGUGCAGUUCCGGAUCCCCAUGGAGAUGACCAGGGUGGACCUCCGGAAUUACCUUGAGCGUAUCUACAACGUGCCUGUGGCCGCCGUGCGGACAAGGGUGCAGCAUGGUUCUAACAGGAAGAGGGACCACAGGAACGUCAGGGUGAAGAGACCAGACUACAAGGUGGCCUAUGUGCAGCUGGCCCACGGACAGACCUUCACGUUCCCCGACCUGUUUCCCGAGAAAAAGCAGAGCCCCGACGGCAGCCCCAGUGGUGGCGACAUCCAGGACAAGCUCCUGGAGGAGCAGCGGCAGCGGCAGCGGCAGAGCCAGGAUCCCCGGCGCGGCGGCGUGCCCGGCUGGUUCGGCCUGUGACGGCCGCAGUAAAAUCCCACGUGUGGAGCAAA